AUGGGUCUCGCCGACUUUUUCUCCGAUAUGAUCUCCUCCCUGAGUUUCCCCGAGGCUCAGGCUGAGGCUCCUGCCGAAACCGUCGAGCAGACCAGCCAGGAGGCUGAAACCGAAAACAAGCCCGACGUGAGCGAGGAGAAGACCGAGGAGAGCACGGAGGAAUCUGGUGAAGAGACUCCCGCUGAAGAGUCUUCCGAGGAAAGCCAGGAGGAGCCCGAGGAAGAGGAGCCCGAGGAGGAAGAAGAGGAGGAAGAGGAGGUUGUCGACAUCAAGCCCAAGCUUGAGGAGGAAUGCGCCAACGGUCCUCAGUGCGCCCCUUACAAGCACCACUACGAUGAGUGUGUUGAGCGCGUAACCCGGCAGGAGGAGGACCCCGACCACAAGGGCCCCAAGGAGGACUGUGUUGAGGAGUUCUUCCACCUCGCCCACUGCGCGACCAACUGCGCUGCCCCCAAGCUCUGGAAGGCUCUCAAAUAA